CGAGGUGGUCUUGGCUGCGCAAGAGGUGGUUGCUGGCCGUGUGUUGCUGAUGAGUGAGGUGUCAAAGCGGCAGAGGCGUCCCGCGGAGGGAGAGAAGGAUGACUUGGAAGAGGGACACAAGAACGCCGCGGCAUCGCACAGCAUAGACUUAGAGGCCUUUGCACAGCGCUUCAGCCAAAUCGUAUGACAAUGGGAAGGGAGGCGGGGGGGGAUGAAGGGAGACAGACUGGGAUAGAGGGAGGGAACUUUGCCAGAUGCAGCCACCAAACCACUGGCAAACACACGGAUCUCAUUGUCUCCUCUCUCUGUGUGGUGUGUGCUGUCCACUCAGCCUGUGGUCGUUGCCUACGUCUUCUCGUUCCUAUCGCUUCAUUUGGUGGCGGCGCUGCCCCGAAGGCUUUGGCGCCACGUCGGCUGCCAGAUCACCCAGCUGGUCGUGGGCGCCUACGACACGGCCGAGCGGCGCUUCUGGUGCGGCCUGUCCUUCAGCGAUGCCUUCGAGUGGGGCCGGCAGCUCACACGGCUCGAGUCCAUUAUCGUGGAGUACCCCAGAGGCCUCUUCAUUCAAAGGUCCACUCCUGCUGGGCGGCCAUACGGUUGUGACAGCCGAACUCUGCCCCAGAUGAGCGACAAGGCCGUCACGGCUUUGGUGGAGGGGCACAGCGAGGGGCAACCGUCACGUCCCACAAUCGGGCAGCUCCACUACAGCGAGGGCAAGACAGUGACCAUCAGCGAAGACGAGUAUCGCUACAUCCGAGCUGAGAGAGAGCAGUGUGCGACCCUUCCCCUCGACCCCGCCCUCACCCUCACAUCCAUCACAUCCAUCACAGGCAUCCCCACCCUCUGUCCCGGCCGCGGCCGCCACUGGCAGCUGCCGUCACUCGAGAGGGUGCAGAUUGAGGGGCCGGUGGGGGCGCAGAUGCUGGGGGAGGUGGUGGCUACGUCACGGUGCCUGAAGCAGCUGCAGGUGGAAUGCACUCCUGACGUCAUGGCGGACUCGCUGAGGUGCAUCCCUGUGACAGCUGAUGGCAAGUCGGGGCCGCUGUCGCAGCUGGAGGACAUUGGAACCCUCAAAGUGUUUACCUGGAGAGCUGCGGGUCUGGAGCGCCUUCAGGUGUGCGACGACAAGAUACACAAGAUCAGAGCGAGAGCUCGCUUGCGAGAUGCGUGUGUCCUUGUGCAGGCCGUGCUUGUCGACCGUGGCUGCCGCGCCAUCAAGGAGCUAAGCGUCGACUUGGGGGAAGCAGAGAUCGACGGCAAUAUGUUCAAGACCCUCUCGGCCAUCGACACCUUCACACGCACCGUGUGUGUGAGCCCCGGUAUCCCUGUCGACAUCAAAGUCAACGGCCGCUUCAACCUGUCGCUCGUGUGUGAAGUCCCCACCCGCCCCGCCCCCUCAUUCUUCGUGCAGAAGCACAUCCAGCAGCUGGCCGCCAAAUCCCUCAGGGCGUCCUUCAGCCUCCGUCCCCGCCAUCUCACCACCCCUCUGGACACACCCAGCACCGCUGCCAUCGCCCUCGCAGAGUGCCUGACAUUCCCUGAGGUGCGGGAUGUGGUGAUCACAAAGUCGCACGACUGGGGACCUGACGCUGACGCUGAGCAGCCGGACCCAGUUAUGAUCGAUAGCAUGGCCAACAACGCAUUCCCCGCCGCUUCGUCACUGUCCGUGCAUACCUGCAAGGGGCACGUGAUUGCGCGCAGGCUGCUAAGCAAGAUGCCGGCGGUCAGACGGAUUGAGCUGACGCACCCGACAGAGGAGCAAGCGGUGAAUGUCCUGCAGACGGUGGGCGGGGAGAGAGAGCUGGAGUAUUUUCAUGCCACUUGGGUCAAGGGUGUGGGCGUGGGGGGGGUUACGUGGGGAGACAUGACCGACCAGCUGCCGGCCAUCGAACGGCUCUUUACUACCAUAGAAGGUGACAAACAAUUAACCGCCUGCAUUCGCAUACCAACCAUGCCAUGUAUGCUGUCCGUGUGCAGCGCCUGAGGACUUGGGCGAUGGCGAUGCUGCUGGCGAGUUCGGCAUUACGUGUGUCAAAACGCUGCUCAAGUUCCGAGGCCUCAAAGGGCUCGACUUUCGGUCAGAGCCGUCCGAUGCCUUCAAGCGAUUGGUGGACGAGCGAACCAAUGGCAACGCCAUCGAUGGGCUGGAGGGACGGUAUGACAUCAGCUGGCGGGGAAAUCAGAGAGAUUUCCUUACUCUCAAACGGCUUGACACCUAAGAGACGACUGCAGGUUCGGUCUGACUAUUAUGCGCUUCCUUCUUGACUGCCGGUGAUGUGUGCUGGGCUGCAUGUUUGCCAGUCAGGUCGGCUUCGUGUGUUGGCUGUAGAAUGGUGCAGAGGGAUGGAGGGGGGUGCUCUCAUGUGUGUUUGGCGUGGGGUGGACUACUUGAUCUGCAUGUCUCGUGCAUGAAUGCGUUUGCUGGACUUGUUGAGACACAAAGCAUCGAAAGCUGAAGGAUGUCUGUA